AUGGCAACUUCGCAGCGUGUUGUCAUCAUCGGCGCUGGUAUCGUCGGUACUAAUCUUGCUGAUGAGCUAGUUUCGAGAGGAUGGAACAAUAUUACUGUUAUCGAGCAAGGCCCACUGAGCAUGCCAGGAGGCUCAACAUCACACGCCCCUGGACUUGUGUUUCAGACGAAUCCCUCAAAGACGAUGACACUGUUUGCCAAAUACACCGUCGAGAAACUACAGGCACUCGAGAAGGAUGGCCAGAAUUGUUUUAAUCAACUGGGCGGUCUCGAGAUUGCGACGACGCAAGAACGCCUGGAAGAGCUCAAGCGCAAGCACGGAUACGCGCAGUCCUGGGGUAUCGAGGCACACAUGGUAAGCCCAGAGCAGUGUCACGAGAAGUACCCGGGGCUGAAUAAGAGCAUGAUCUUGGGCGGACUCCACAUCCCCAGCGACGGUCUGGCAUUGGCAGCCCGUGCCACCCAGCUACUCAUCGAAAGCACAAGUAGAGCUGGCGUCCAAUACCUCGAGCACACUGUGGUCACCGGAAUCGAACAAGCGGACGGCCAUGUGACAGGUGUCACUACAAACAAAGGCAGUGUGCCAGCAGGUAUAGUUGUAUCUUGCGCUGGGUUUUGGGGUGUGGAGAUUGGCGCUAUGAUCGGGCUGAAAGUUCCACUUCUGCCACUCGGCCAUCAGUACGUCAAGACGACUGCCGUCCCAGGUCUCGUCGGCCGCAAAAUCAACAAGAACAUCAACGCGAUGAACGCUGAGCUACCAAUUCUUCGCCAUCAGGACCAGGAUCUGUACUACCGCGAGCACGGGGAGCAAUACGGCAUUGGUUAUUACGGUCAUCGACCCAUGCCUGUCAAUGCCGCGUCGCUCGGUGUCACACCUGAAAAUGUGGACGAGAAGAACAUGCCAUCGCGGCUGGACUUUACUCCUGAGGACUUUGAACCCGCCUGGAAGGCAACAAAGGAGCUGUUACCAGCGCUUCGGGAGACUGAGAUCGCUGACGGCUUCAACGGGGUUUUCUCUUUCACGCCAGACGGUGGAUCAGUUGUAGGGCAAGCACCCAACCUCGAUGGUUUCUACGUUGCCGAAGCUGUUUGGGUGACGCACUCUGCUGGCGUUGCUCGAGCGGUAGCCGAAGUGCUUACUGAGGGCCGCUCCAGGAUAGACAUUGCCGAGUUGGAAAUGACUCGGUUCGAAGAGGUCCAGCUCAGCCCUGAGUACGUCAGCGAGACGUCCCAGCAGAACUUCGUCGAAAUCUACGACAUCAUUCACCCACUGGCACCGAAAGAAUCCCCACGCGAUUUGCGUGUCAGUCCCUUCCACCCCCGGCAACGAGAGCAAGGUGCUUUCUUCCUUGAAGUCGGAGGUUGGGAGCGCCCUCACUGGUACGAAGCCAACGCUGAGCUAGUCAAGACGCUGCCAGAGGACUGGAGACCAGUCGAGCGUGAUGCUUGGUCGUCGAAGUUCUACUCGCCAAUCGCAGCGGCAGAAGCCUGGAAGACGCGCAAUGCAGUGGCCAUGUACGAUAUGACCACCUUCCAUCGAUUCGAAGUGUUCGGCCCUGCAGCUGUCGACUUGCUGCAGCGUCUUACAACAAGCGAUGUUUCUAAGGCGCCUGGCUCUAUUACUCACACGUUGCUCCUCAAUACACAUGGAGGUGUUCUGAGCGACGUAUUCGUCUCAAGAAUCGAAGAAGAUGUGUUCCAAGUUGGUGCUAAUACCGCCACGGAUCUCGCCUACCUUGCGCGAGAGGCUCGCCGGCAAUCGAAGACCACGCCUGGCCAAUGGGCGCAAGUGCGCGAUCUCACCGGGAGCACAUGCUGCCUUGGUCUCUGGGGUCCUCGGGCUCGCGAUGUGGUCCGAGAGAUCAGCUCAGAUGAUUUCUCCAAUAAAGGAUUGCCAUACAUGAGCGUGAAGAAAACAAACCUUGCUGGUGUCCCCGUGAUUAUGUUCCGGAAAUCGUUCGUUGGAGAGCACGGAUGGGAGAUCCAGACAACACCAGAGUAUGGUCAGCGACUAUGGGAUCUUCUUUGGCAGUCGGGAAGACCUCACGGGCUUGUUGCCGCUGGUCGUGCUGCAUUCAAUGGUCUUCGUCUAGAAAAGGGUAUCCGUGCCUCAGGAUCAGACUUCUCAUCUGAAUACAACCCCUACGAGGCUGGCAUUACCUAUGCCAUCCAGAGAGACAAGGGUCUUGACUUUGUUGGCAAGGCUGCACUUGAGAAGGCGUCAAGACGCACCCCAGCUCGACGGCUAAGAUGCCUGACGGUCGACGACGGCCGCUCCAUGGUCCUAGGAAAAGAACCCGUAUUCCGCAAUGGAAAAGUAGCGGGCUAUGUUACGAAUGCCGCCUUUGGGUACACCGUUCGCAAGCCUGUCGCCUACGCCUGGCUACCGAACGAUGUCAACAAAGGUGAUUCUGUGGAAAUCGAGUACUUCAGCCGCAAGAUAGCAGCCACUGUUGUAUCAGAUCCGCUGUACGACCCGCAAAACCGCCGUUUACAUGAUGACGGUCCAUCUGAGAAGCCAGAGCUGCAGAAGCGGUUGAAGGCACUUUUGUAA